UUGGUUCCGGUUGAGACCUUUCCUGGCUCGAAACCCUACUCCCGCGCGCAAGGGGCACGUUUUUCCUCCGUGCGACCGAGCAGCGUUUUCGGGGCCGCAGCAUGGAGGCGCGUUUCACGCGCGGGAAGUCGGUGCUGCUGGAGCGUGCCCUGGUACGGCCGCGCACUGAGGUGAGCCUGAGUGCCUUUGCCCUUCUCUUCUCCGAGCUGGUGCAGCACUGUCAGAGCCGCGUCUUCUCAGUGGCUGAGCUUCAGGCACGCCUGGCUGCCCUAGGCCGCCAGGUGGGCGCCCGAGUCCUGGAUGCCCUGGUGGCCCGUGAAAAGGGUGCCCGGCGUGAGACCAAGGUGCUGGGUGCCCUGCUGUUCGUCAAGGGCGCAGUGUGGAAGGCUCUGUUUGGCAAAGAGGCCGACAAGCUGGAGCAGGCCAAUGAUGAUGCCCGUACUUUCUACAUCAUUGAGAGGGAGCCGCUCAUCAACACCUACAUUUCCGUGCCCAAGGAGAACAGCACGCUCAACUGUGCCAGCUUCACGGCGGGCAUCGUGGAGGCUGUGCUUACGCACAGCGGCUUCCCUGCCAAGGUUACAGCGCACUGGCACAAGGGGACCACACUCAUGAUCAAGUUCGAAGAGGCCGUUAUCGCCCGAGAUCGGGCACUGGAGGGACGCUGACUCCACAGGAGAUAAAGGAUGAGCAGAUCC